AUGCCCGUGCCCCUUGCCGUCGCGGCCCCGGCCGCCCUCGCCGGCGCCGCCUACCUCAACGCCAAGUCGGGGCUUUGGUACGACCUGAUGCUGCAAAAGAUUGGCAUCAUGGCCAUGAUCCGCCUGAUGCGGGGCGUGCGCACCAAUCAACUCAGCCUCUUUUACUUUCUCGAGCACUGGGCGCAGAGCAAGAGCCACGCCGACCGCGCCGUGCUGCUCUUCGAGGACCGCCGGUACACAUACGCCCAGUUCUACGACAAGGUCCUCCGUUACGGCACCUACCUGCGCGCGCAUCACGGCAUCAAGCCCGGUGCCAUUGUCGCCAUGGACUUUCAAAACUCCGACACCUUCCUGUUCCUGUGGUGGGGCCUCUGGGCCAUCGGCGCCAAGCCCGCCUUCAUCAACUACAACCUGACCGGCAAGCCGCUCGCGCACUGCAUCACGGCCGCCUCGGCGCGGCUCUGCAUCGUCGACCCGGGCGUCGCCCAGAACGUGACCGACGAGGUGCGCGGCGCGCUCCCCGACGUCGAGUUUGUCGUCUUCACCCCCGAAGUCGAGGCCACCGCCGCCAACAUCGCCCCGAUCCGCUUCCCGGACAGCGACCGCGCCGAGGCCGAGUUCUCCAACAUGGCCAUCCUCAUCUACACGUCGGGCACGACGGGCCUGCCCAAGGCGGCCAUUGUGUCGUGGGGCAAGUGCAUCGGCGGCGGCACCGUCGCCUCCAUGCUCCUCGGCCGCGGCUCCGGCGACAUCAUGUACACCUCGAUGCCGCUGUACCACAGCUCCGCCGCGCUGCUCGCCUUUUGCGCCACCAUGGUCUCGGGCAGUACCCAGGCGCUCGGCCGCCGGUUCUCCACGCGGACGUUCUGGCAGGACGUCCGCCAGCACAAGGCCACGGGCAUCCAGUACGUCGGCGAGACGCUGCGGUACCUGCUCGCCGCGCCGCCGCAGCUCGACCCCGUCACCGGCGAGGACCUCGACAGGAAGCACCACGUCACCGUCGCCAUCGGCAACGGCCUGCGGCCCGACAUCUGGAACAAGUUCAAGGACCGCUUCGGCAUCCAGGCCAUUGCCGAGUUUUACGGCUCCACCGAGGGCGCCGGCUCGACGUGGAACCUCAGCAAAAACGACAUGUUUGCCGGCGCCGUCGGCCGCAUGGGCUGGCUGCGCCGCUUCCUCAUGCGCAACGACCUGCGCUUCGUCGAGUACGACCACGAAAACGACAGGCCCUUCCGCGACCCGGCCACCGGCUUCUGCCGACGUGUCGCCGCCGGCGAGCCCGGCGAGCUCAUCACCCGCGUCGACCCGGCCGACCUCAAGCGCCUCUUCCAGGGCUACUUCAACAACAAAGAGGCCACCGACUCCAAGAUCCUGCGCGACGUCUUCGCCGUCGGCGACGCCUGGUACCGCACCGGCGACAUCAUGAGCCUCGACGACGAGGGCCGCUGCGCCUUCAACGACCGCAUCGGCGACACCUUUCGCUGGAAGUCGGAGAAUGUCUCGACCAACGAGGUCGCCCACGCCGUCGGCACCUACGCCGCCGUCCGCGAGGCCAACGUCUACGGCGUCGAGCUCCCCCACCACGACGGCCGUGCCGGCUGUGUCGCCGUCAACUUUGCGCGCCACCCGCCCGACGCCGAUACCCUGCGCGGCCUCGCCGCCCACGUGAGGGACAGCCUGCCGCGGUACGCCGUCCCGCUGUUCCUGCGCGUUGUCAAGGACAUUGCCGGCGCGCAGACUACGGGCACCAACAAGCAGCAAAAGGCCGUGCUGCGCAACGCCGGCGUGAAACCCGACGCUCUGAACGACGGUGCGACGCUGUAUUGGCUCCAGGGCGACACGUAUGUUCCUUUUGGCCAGAAAGAGUGGCAGGAGCUGCAAGGAGGCCGCGUCAAGCUAUAG